GGUUCCAGAGCGUCGCAAACAAGAACCCGGAAGUCGGUCUCGGACAGUGUAGUUCUAACACUCCAUGGUGCGGGGGGCUGGGAGGGUGAAAGAGGAAAGAAAUAACAUAUUCUUGCCCCAUUAAGAUUUGAAGAAGCGAGCAAAUGGCGCAAACGGAUUUCCCAAAUGUGACCCAUGAUGUAUUCAAUUUCACCCUUCAUACCACCCUGGCCCUCACCACAAAACUAGUGCUUCCUACGCCUGCCAAACCAAUCCUUCCAGUGCAAACUGGCGUCCAGGCACAACAGGAAGAACAGUCGAGUGGCAUGACUAUAUUCUUUAGUCUCCUUGUACUAGCUAUUUGCAUCAUAUUGGUGCAUUUAUUGAUAAGAUACAGACUGCAUUUCUUGCCAGAGAGUGUUGCUGUUGUUUCUCUAGGCAUCUUGAUGGGUGCAGUUAUAAAAAUUAUAGAAUCUCAGAAGCUGGCCAACUGGAAGGAAGAAGAAAUGUUUCGCCCUAAUAUGUUUUUCCUUCUUUUACUUCCGCCAAUUAUAUUUGAAUCUGGGUAUUCAUUGCACAAAGGGAACUUCUUCCAGAACAUAGGCUCCAUCACCUUGUUUUCUGUGAUUGGGACAGCUAUUUCAGCUUUCAUAGUUGGCGGAGGAAUUUACUUUCUUGGUCAGGCUGAUGUAAUUUAUAAACUGAAUAUGACUGACAGUUUUGCCUUUGGUUCCCUGAUCUCUGCUGUUGAUCCAGUAGCUACUAUUGCUAUCUUUAAUGCUCUUAAUGUGGACCCUGUGCUUAACAUGCUGGUCUUUGGAGAAAGCAUUCUCAAUGAUGCAGUCUCAAUUGUCCUGACAAAUACAGCAGAAGGUUUGACGAGAGAACAUACAUCUGAUGUAAGUGGAUGGCAAACCUUUUUACAAGCACUGGCUUACUUUCUGAAGAUGUUCUUUGGUUCUGCAGCACUGGGGACUCUGACUGGUCUUAUUUCUGCAUUAGUAUUGAAGCAUAUUGAUUUACGAAAAACUCCUUCCCUGGAGUUUGGGAUGAUGAUUAUCUUUGCAUAUCUUCCUUAUGGACUUGCAGAAGGAAUUUCUCUCUCAGGUAUCAUGGCUAUCUUGUUUUCUGGCAUUGUAAUGUCUCACUAUACCCACCAUAAUCUUUCUCCAGUUACACAGAUCCUAAUGCAGCAGACUCUGAGAACUGUUGCAUUCAUGUGUGAAACAUGUGUUUUUGCAUUUCUGGGUCUGUCAAUUUUUAGCUUUCCUCACAAGUUUGAAGUGUCCUUUGUCAUCUGGUGCAUAGUGCUUGUCCUUUUUGGUAGAGCAGUCAAUAUUUUCCCCCUCUCUUAUUUGCUCAAUUUCUUCCGUGAUCACAAGAUCACUCCCAAAAUGAUGUUCAUCAUGUGGUUUAGUGGCUUACGUGGGGCAAUUCCAUAUGCCUUGAGCCUCCACUUGGGCCUGGAACCAAUUGAGAAGCGACAGUUGAUUGGCACUACCACAAUCAUCAUUGUGCUGUUCACAAUCUUAUUGCUGGGUGGAGGAACAAUGCCUUUAAUCAGGCUGAUUGACAUUGAAGACUCUAAAGCCCGGAGGAAGAACAAGAAGGACAUCAAUCUUAGCAAAACAGAGAAAAUGGGAAACACCAUUGAAUCUGAACACUUGUCUGAACUCACAGAGGAAGAGUAUGAAGCUCAUUAUAUAAAGCGGCAGGAUCUGAAAGGCUUUAUGUGGCUUGAUGUCAAAUAUUUGAAUCCUUUCUUUACCAGACGGCUCACCCAAGAGGACCUACAUCAUGGGCGCAUACAGAUGAAAAGCCUCACCAACAAAUGGUAUGAGGAGGUACGACAAGGACCUUCUGGAUCAGAAGAUGAUGAACAGGAGUUGCUGUAGCAGACUGUUGGGUGUGUCUGCACUUCUGCUGACAUUUCCAACUUUAAUUUUAAGGCAGACAGUCUUAUACAUACAUACCAUGUACAACUUGGUGAGGUUGUUGUCAAGUGACUCCUUUGUCCAGUAUGAAGUUGUGUCAUGUGCUGGAAUGCAAGAUCAUCUCUAAUGCCAUUUUUUUUUACUUUUUUGAAAUUAUAACACCUGUUCAGGCAGCAAUUAUCCCAAAUACAUUGGGAUAAUUAGAACCAUGGGUGGUACUGUCCGUGAUUGUCUACUGUAAAUGUACAGUUAAAGAAAAUUCUGUAGAAGAGCUUUUAAAAAGUUUAGCGCACUUUACUUUUGUCAGUACACUGGCCCCAUACUGGAAGGACAGUGCUGUAAAUUUGUAUAUCGAUGAUGAGCAAGUAAGUGAAUAUUUAAGGCCUUUCUUUACAUUGCUCUUUAAAUAUUUAAUGAACUCAGGGUACAGAUUGACAGAAGGCAGAAGCAGCUAAUUAAAGCCUCUUGGCCUUUGGGAUUUCUAGAAAUGUUUGUUCCAAUUUUUUACUUCUAAGUUUGAAACAACUUGACACACAGUUUUCCAUACCAUAACUUCAAAUCAUUUGGUUCCAGAAUAAAGCUUUAUUUGAAAUCUAUCAAGCUUAAUUUCCACUCUUCUCAUUCUCUUCCUUUGAAAACUGAUCCAUAGCACAACUCUGGAUGGGUGACUUGAAGCCAGAGCAUAGAAGAGGCAAAUAAGCAAGGAGUUUCUUUUUCUGGGAAAAUCUUAAGACGUUAAACAAUUCAUCUGCUUUUUAUUAUUCACAGAUUAGCCUUUACAUACUGUUUACUUUUUUUUAGUUGCUUGCAAACCAUGUAUGCUAUUGCAGAACAUCAAAUCAUAUAAUAACUGUACCUUUUUUAAAAAAUCUGUCUGUGGAAUAUUACUGGAACUUUGCCAUGAAUGUAAAACAUUGGCUGAUGGAAUAUUAUCACAUUAAAAGUGAGGGGAACAUGUUGCAUUUCUUUUUCACCUGAGAAAAAUUGAGAUAUUUUUUGUAAACAACCUAAACUCCCAUUUGUAUUCCAAACUGAAGCAAUCCUUCACUGUUCUGGCAAGAAGAUGCAAUCACUUUAAUUCAAAAGGCAUGAAGAGAAGAAGUAAAACCAAGUCAUUCUGUAGGAGCCAAAGGACAACUUUUCUUACUGUCAGAUUCUGCUGGGUAUACAUGUCAGGGCUGCUCUGAAGCCAGGUGAAUAAGGAUGUCUUAUCAGAGUAGGAACAUAUUGUUAUUUCACAUUGUGAAACAUUAGGCAAAUUUGGCAUUAAAUAAAUGUAUUAAACAACAUUA